AUGCCCCAUGAACACAUCAAAACGAUACAAUGACCAAAUAUUUCCCCUGCCUACUUCUCACACUCCUCAUGGUGUUCACUCAAACUUUUCUGGUAACCGGAGAGGGUCCCGCCUUUCUAAAAUCCGUAAAACGAAACCCGAUGAAGACCCGAACCGAAAAACUUAGCCACUUCCGGUUCUACUGGCACGAUAUCCUUAGCGGUCCCAACCCGACAGCCAUGAAAAUCAUACCACCAUCAGCAAACAACAAAACAGCAGCCACCGCGUUUGGCCAAGUCAACAUGAUCGAUGAUCCGUUGACCGAAAAACCCGAAGCAGGGUCAAAGUUAUUGGGAAGAGCACAAGGGUUUUACGGGCUGGCAUCGCAGGAGGAAGUCGGGCUGAUUAUGGCAAUGAACUUUGCAUUUACCACCGGGAAGUAUAACGGGAGUACGUUGACGGUUUUGGGGCGGAAUGCGGUGUUCGAGAAGGUGCGGGAGAUGCCGGUGAUCGGAGGGAGUGGGGUUUUCCGGUUUACUAGAGGGUAUGUCAAAGCAAGUACACAUAGUUUUGAUAAUAAAACAGGAAAUGCGGUUGUUGAGUAUAAUGUCCAUGUGUUGCAUUUCUGAUUUUGUAACUAUACAGUGACGAAUCCAGAAACUUUUUUGUUCAUCAAUAACUCGGUUUAACCGGUCGAAUUCCAAUCUUUCAAACCUUGCGUUA